UCUUUAAAUAUUCUUUUCCUCAAUCUUGGGCUUACCCAUCACCACAUGUCAUAAAGUUCAGUGUUAUCCCUUUCCUCCAUCGGAGACCAUCACUCCCUUUUCUUGCUCUCUUCACCUCUUUUCUUAUCAAAUAGGCUUUCGUUGCUUUAAAUGCAUUUUGGGCUUCUUCAAUCAGCAGAGCAGUCACAUGAGAGACACACUUGUACUCAACUGCUAAUCUCACAUGAAGUUCCUCCUCUAGAGCUUUUGUAGCAUGUAUGGUAGAAUUGUCUUCUCUCUUUUUGCAGUUCAUCACAUGACCAAAUCUAGUUGAAGUGAUCACGGUUAAGAGUGGCUUUUUUGGGUUAUACUGACUCCCCCCCCCCCAAAAAAAAAAAACCCGUCUACAUUUCUUGACCAAUUGAUUAUAUUAUUAUUAUAUAUAGUGACUAGUGGUCUUGGCUGUUUUUCUUCUUCGUAGACUUCAUUGGGCUCUGUUCUACUUUUGUCUUCCCCAAUGAAUAUUUGACCUUUUGGCUCCUCUCUCUCUCUCUCUAUCCACCCAUAUAUGAAUAUUCUUUUCAUAUUGGUCUGCCUUGAGCUUCACAUCACUGAAGUAGUUGGUUAAUUAGUUGGGAAGAUUUUGAUUUCUUAUGUGGGGAGAUUCCGUUUAGCUUCAGAUUUGUCUCAGUGAGUGAGAUCACUUCUAGUUGAAAAUGGGGAAGCUAAGCCUGGGCAGGGUGUUAGACUGUUUUUGUCUUUCUUCUUGCUCAAGCUCCUGCUUCUGCAUGAACUCCAUGGAAAACCAAGAUGAGUUUGAGAAAAGGCCAUUGAUUGCAAGUGAUAGAGGCCAGUUACUGAGAUUGAAAGAUGUUGUUACUGGAAACCAGACCCUGGCUUUUCAAUUGAAGCCCAAGAUGGUGACGCUAAGGGUGUCCAUGCACUGCAAUGGCUGUGCAAGAAAAGUGGAGAAACAUAUCUCAAAGAUGGAAGGAGUGACCUCGUACAAAGUAGACUUGGAAAGCAAGACGGUGGUUGUUAUCGGAGACAUUCUUCCUUUCGAAGUGCUGGAGAGUGUGUCCAAGGUUAAAAAUGCAGAGCUUUGGAAUUCUCCAUCUUGAUGGACAACAUUGUCCACCCCCACCAAAUUCUCAUUCCACUCCCCAUAACACAAAACGACGUUAAAACAAAUGCUAUGCAUAUGUAUCUUUUUAUAUAUAUAGCUAUCAUCCAUGCAUAUCCACUAUAUAAUCCACAUGUCAAUCUCCCAUUUGUGGUCUUCUUCUACAGACGGGGAGAGGCCGGGGAAUGUGAGGUCCAUCCAUGUACGCCUGAAUAUAUGAUAAUUAAUAGAAAAAUGUUAUUUGUAUAUCUCU